AAACUUUAAAUCAUUUCAGACUCCAUUUAUAUUUGAGACUUAUCGUAAGCUACUUCAAUCAGAUGCCCAUGGUAAUGGAAGCUUUUAGAGCAUCUGAUUUGGCCAUCGCUAGCAAAAGAGUUACACUCCCUGCACUCGUUUGGAUGCUGUGGUCUAGAGCGAGAUUCGUCAACGAUGAACUCUACAGAGGGACGGCUACUAUUCAACCAACUAACAUUCCCGCAAAAGACUCAAAGACCUGCCAGACGGACAUCAAGAGCUUGACGGCCUGCGAGAACUGCACCCUAGCGCAAGACGCCAUCACCAGGCUGGUCGAGCUAAUGGAGAAGAUUUGCACGAACCUGCACAUCAAGGGGAGUCAAAUCCUGGAAGUCAGAAAGAGCAUGACCAACGACUUAUUUUACAUCACGCAGUGGUGCGCGGUGUCGAAAUGGUGCGACGCUCUCCUCAAUGACAUAGAUCUUCUCGGCAAUCUGUCCUGGCAGUCCAGCUACCAAAGCAAGAAAGCUCAUUCACGUAUAAAACAAAUAAAGCAGGAAACUACAGACUACGAGGACCGACUCAAAGCCCUAGAAGAAGAGAAAAAUAAAUUGAGGACAGACAUUGAUAAAGCCUAUGAAUCGAAAGCGAACUACAUCAAAAAAGUGUCAGAGCUGACGCUAAAAAUGAAAGGGAAGAACAGCCAAAUUGAUGCUCUUGAAAAGAAAUGUGCAGAAUUAGCUUUUACAGAAAGCAUGAUGCAAUCUUUGAAGAAGGAGUUAAUCGACUGUAAGCAAUCAUCAAUCAAAGAGAAAGAAAGAUUUAUCGAUGUGAACAAUGAAGUGAAAAUUAAAAUUGAAGAAAUAGAAAAAAUGAAAGCAGUCUUGGACGAGCAAACAACAGCGCAGACGUCCAAGUCGUUUGAACUCCAGAAUAAGAUAGACAGCCAGGAAGGAAUAAUAAAUAGCUUACAGCAAAAAAUUGAAGCACUCCACAUGGAAUUGGACAAUUCUGCUAAGAGAGAAGAAACUUAUAAACUAGAAAUACUCAAGGAGCAGAAUCACGGUGCAGUUAUAUGGAGAAAUUAUGAAACCCUUAAAGAUGCCAUUCGAAAACAGGAAGACCUGAUCAACGAAAAAGAACAAAAUGAAGAAGCGCUUCUAAGAACAAUUGAGCUAUUGAAAACUCAGAUUGCUUGUGGACCAAGAAGUGAAAUCGAACUGACCGGAGAUCCAAUAAUGGACAUGGAGAACCAGAAAAAGGAAAAUGAAGAGACUAUUAAAAGGCUGAGUGAACAUAAUAUUCAGAUUGAAAAAACGCUGCACAAGCUUUAUUCAAUAUCGACACCUGAACUUUGCUAACUUUAAAAAGAAACAAAAAGUAUUUUAAAAAAAAAGUAAAUAGGAAAAUCAGGAAAAUAAAGUUGUCGUGAAUUGUUU